AUGCCGAAGUCGGCCAUUCGUUUGCACUGGUUGCCUUUGGAUCCGACGAUGCAGGCACCGCUGUCCUUUUUCUCCGAGACUGACAAUGUUGUGAUCCUUAACCGUUUCAGUCAAGAUAUGAUCCUGAUCGGCGUGGCUCUCCCGAUUGCGUUGAUGUUUUCCGCCGAGGCCCUUUUUGGAUGCAAUUGCCACCAUUGGGUUGAUCGCCACGGGGUCACCCUUCAUGGCGACGACAAUUCCGGCCACACUCAUCGUGCUCUACUUCUUGCCAAAUAUUUAUCUCAAGACAAAGACUCGAAGCCCGUUGUACUCUCACGUGCCGAGGUCCUCGAAGGGCUGCCGACAAUUCGGGCUUUUGGUUGGCAAGGCGCCUCAUCACAACUCCUGACUGCGCAUCUUGAUCGUUUUCAAACACCGCACUACAUGCUAAUCUGCACGCAGAGGCGACUGGAUCUGGUAUUGGACAUGGUAGUGAUGAGUUUGGCAACUGUUGUGGAAAAACUAGCCGUCAUGCUGCGCAGCAGCACCAGUCACAGUCUCCUCGGCUUAUUUGUUGAGACCAAGCCGAGUGAAAGCCAGCCGGGUGAAGCCGCAAUGCUGCCUUCGUCAUGA